AUGGCGGCGCCCAGUCAAACACCACGCCGGUCUUCUCGAAAACGAGUGCGUGUAUUUGAUGUUAGACAAGUUUUGAGCUUUUUAGACGAAUCCACUAAUUCUUCCGAUGGAGAAGAGUCUGGAAGUGAUAUAGAUGUGAAUGAUUUUCACUAUGAUGACCCGGAUUCAGCAUCUGAAUCAGAUGAAAGUGAACACGGAAGUAACGUUGUUGUUGACAAUGACCGUUCUGAUGUUGACAAUACUGCCCACGGACAUGGAGAUGCUGGCCUUGGCGUUUCUGAGAAUGAUGAUCAGUCAAAUGAUUCUGUGAUUGAUAAUGUCUGGCAAACUAUACGAAACUUGCAGCAAGAUGAGCCUCCAAAUGUAAACGACUUUACAUCACGCACAGGUCCAACAUGGACUCCUCCGGGUGACACACCACCAGUUGAAUAUUUUGACAGAUUUUUGCAGAACCCCACUCCUGGCGGACUGUCACUUUGGGAUGUUUUAGUUGAUGAGACUAAUAAAUACUACAGCUGGAAUUUGGCAAAAGCUGGUUUACUGCAGGAACAUUCGCGAUAUCAUAGAUGGAAUCCGAUAGCUGUACCUCAGCUGCGAGCUUUUAUGGGACUGUACUUCAAUAUGGGACUUAUUCGCAAACACAGCAUUGAGGAGUACUGGAAUACAACCAAUUACUCACAAGACACUCCAUUAUUUAGGCGUGUAAUGAAACUCCAGACCUUUGAGAACAUUCUUCGUUUUAUACACUGUUCUGAUAGUGCAAAUGAACCCAAACCAGGUAGCCGUGACUAUGACCCUCAGUACAAAUUUCGUCCUGUACUGAAUUUCCUGAAUGAGUCCUGGGCACGGGAAUAUGAUUUAGGCCCGGUUAUUUCUAUUGAUGAAACAAUUGUUGGCUUCAAGGGCAGGCACACACUGGUCAAUUACAUUCGUAUAAAAAAACACCACCAGUGGGGGCCCAAAGAAUAUUCCCUUGCUGAUUCAAAGAGUGGUUAUGUGUAUGAAACUAUCAUGUUGCUAAUAUGA